AUAAAUUCAUCAAUACCCUCUCGUUCUGCAUAUGAUUUACUCCUUGAUAACAAAGAAGAUGCAAAAAUGUGCAUGGAAGGCAUGGGUACUGAAGUAACCACCUUUUCCCAGCUUUAUUCGUAUUGUUUUGGUCUUCUCAAACUUUUUCCUUCUUAGCCUCGCACUGAAUAACACAAUUCAACCAAUCAGUUAGAUUUUUUCACCCUUAUCUCAGAAAAUAAGAGACAUGCAUGUUUAUGAUUUUAGUCUUCGCUGUCGCCACUGCGAUGUAGAGACUCUUGAACCCGUCGUAGCCUCAGUCACAGGCUGCAUCCCAGAGUACGCUUACGGAGACUACCUCUUCAAUGGCGGGGGCAUCGGCAAAUUUGGAGACGCCGAGUAUCAACACACCUUCGAUUUUGGGGCCGUCCUGCAAAAAGUGAGCGUAUCCAGCUCGGGCAGCCGUUACAUGUCCCGCUACCUGCAGACGUCAACGCUGGCACGCAACCAAAAAGCAGGAACCAUCGUCGUGCCGGAGUUCGGCACCAAGGCCGUCGACUUGAACGGAAACGGAGGCUUCUUUGGGAAAAUUGCGAAGAUAGCAAAUUAUUCAAGCAAUAUGACAGACAACGCAGCUGUGAACGUCCUGGCGCUGAACGACAAGGUAUACGCCAUCGGUGAAACGUCGACGUGGCAUGAAUUAGACGCAACAGAUCUUACCGUCAUAUGCAAGAAUACUGACCUCGACAAAGCCGGCCUGGUGACCUGCUGCCCCCACUUCAAGCGGUCCAGCAACGGCAACGUCGUGUCUGUCGGUCAGAGCAUCACGGCCGUCGGCCCCAAGUAUAACGUCAUAGAAUUCCCGGCCGACGGUGAACCGCCCUCUGUAGUGGCAAGAACCAAUCCUCGCUGGAAAUUGUCGGCUAGUCAGCUACACGACUUUGGCCUCACACAGAACUACCUAAUUAUUAUCGAGCAUCCAUUUUACAUCAGAUUCGUAGAAGUCAUUAAAGCUGUGAUUAAAUCUGCAUGUUACGUUGAUACAUUCAAGUGGUGCCCUGAGGAUAACACGUCAAUAACAGUGAUCGACCAGCGAACAUGGAAACCACUAUCGCUAAAAUUCACUUUCGAAUCUUUGCUCGUAUCGCACUUCAUCAACUCAUUCGAAACCGAAUGCGGUGACCUCGUCUUGGACCUCGAAAGCUUCACGAGUCCAGAUGUGAUUACGGACUUCUUCAUCAGCAACCUCCGACAACCCAAAGAUCGGCAUGCGCUGGACGCCGACUUCUCUGAAAGUCUGUACCGUGUCAUCGUCCCUCUGUCAACAGCCAGCCCCUCAGCCGAGAUUCAUCUGGAGGCGAAGCUGCUGUCGGAGGUUGGUUUCGGCCAAUCUAAAAUAAAUCCAAAGUACGAGGGCCGGGAGUACAGCUAUGCCUACGGAGUGGCCCACACCGAGCACGAUCACGGCAGAGUGUCGAAGCUGACUGUGAGCACCGGAGAGGUCAUUCACUUCACCGAGCCGGGUCUCUAUCCCGCCGAAUUGAUGUACAUACCCAACCCGAGUGAGAAGGCGGAAGACGACGGUGUUGUUGUGAGCUUCUGCCUGUCGUCGCGCGACGCUCGCCUCGGGACGCUCUUGUUCCUCAGCGCCGCCGACAUGAAGCUCCUGGCGAGGGUCGAGUUCACUGCCGCCGGUGCGGUCACCUGGACUUCCCACGGCAUAUUUAUUCCCGAGUCAUAACUCUGGACUCAGUUUUUUCAAGUUGAAAUAUCUUGGACACGAAAAUAUCGUGGAUUGAUGUUGUAGAGCAGCGGUUAAUAAACUUUUCGUGACCAAGGGUCAUUCAGAGGUACCGUUCAGUCGCCAGGUACCACCAGGUAUCACCGCGUACUAUAAUCCUACAUUUUAGCUAUAAAUAUUGAUCAUUCUUUGCGUUAUAAAAUGCCUUAUGCGUCAAUAAUUAGCGUAUCUAUUAGGUGCACUCUUUGACUCUAAUGUCGAGAGACGGAUUUUGGCAAAAGAUGCAUAUUGUCCGGUAUUGACCGACAUCCUCAGCUGUUCAUUGAUGGUAUGAGCCACCUUCAGUGACAUCACACUUGCGGUUCUCUGCCGUGCCUUCAGCACCGAGAGUCAGUCACUCGCCAGCCACCCUAGCAACACGUUUGCUGGCUGAAGCUAAAGCCUUGCUAAUAUAGUCACCCCUCUUUGUCACGCGUUCCGUAAUAUAAAUAUAGUUCACUUAAAGUCAACUCUGUCUUUCAGUCCCCUUGGCUGUCUAAGACCAGACCACUUCUAAGAACCCUGAACCGAUGAACUGAUAGCAUA